AUUUUUUUUUUUUUUGUAGUAGAGUACCCCUGAUGGUGUGACUGUCCCGAGAGGACAGCGCAAAACUUCUCGUGUUUCUUUUUUUUGCGUUUCCCUUUCUGCGGAGUUGUCAGCGAGGUGUCAAUCAGGGCAAGUCGACGCGCGGCACGCGCCGCGUUUUUUUUCGAGCCGCUCCGCUCAUUCGGCGCGGCGAGGGAAUGUGUGGGCGCGUGUGCGCGCGGACUCGAGACUCGUCGGAGAAAUUAGAGAGGAGGGGGGGGAGAGAAAGGGAGUGAGAGCGCGUGCAAGGGAGAGAGAGGGGAGAGUGAGGAUAGAGCGUUCCCUCCCGGCGCACUUUGCAGUUAGUUGCGGGCUGCUCUCGCCGGUGUGGCCAGUUUAGCCGGUCGCGGGGGAACUUCGACACGCUGGAUCCCGAAGUCCGUCUCUCUCUCGCGCGCGCAGUUCGGAGCUGCCAUGGGUCUCGCGCCGGGAUUCGCGGUCCUCGUCGCGCUGCUCUUCGCCCAGCGCGCGAACGGCCUCUACGUCGCCAGUAGCGUCGACUCCUUGCAGAACAUCCUGGGGGAGUAUGGACUGGUGACGCCGGUGAGCACGGACGCUGAGGGCAGGUUCCUGUCGCACUCCGUGUCGGCCGGGCAGCUCCAUAGGCGCCGGAGGAGGGAGACGGCCACGGCAGAGCACUGGGAGGAGGACGAGGAGGAAGACCACGCGGAGCGCGCCGACAGACUCUUCUACAACGUCACUGUCUUCGGCCGGGAGCUCCACCUGCGUCUGCGGCUCAACUCGCGACUGGUGGCACCCGGAGCCAAGAUGGAGUGGCAGGAAGACUCCAACGGCAGUCGCUCCGAGCCCCUGCUGGGGAACUGCCUCUACGUGGGCGAUGUCACCGGCAUGAGGGGUGCGUCCGUCGCCAUCAGCAACUGUGACGGCCUGGCUGGUAUGAUUCGAACGGAGCAGGAGGAGUUCUUCAUCGAGCCCGUGGAGCGAGGAGAUCACGUGAUGGGCGAGGAGGAUGGUGGCGGCGGCCGCACCCACGUCGUCUACCGUGCUUCGGCCAUGAAGAAGCCUCCUGCCUCCGAUACGGCUGACAUGCACUACAGAGGUGCAGACUUGGGUGGACUUCUGGACCUGGAGACGCUGUACCGCGGUGUGGAGCAGAACCUGAACCAGAGCCGGAGGGCCCGGCGACAGGCAGUGGACAGGGCUUACAACAUCGAGGUUCUGCUGGGUGUGGAUGACUCCGUCGUUCAGUUCCAUGGCAAGGAGCACGUGCAGAAGUACCUGCUCACCCUCAUGAACAUUGUGAACGAGAUUUACCACGAUCAGUCCCUGGGAGCACGGAUCAACGUGGUCCUGGUGCGGAUCAUCUUGCUCGGAUAUGGGAAGUCGAUGAGUCUCAUAGAGCUGGGGAACCCAUCACAGAGCCUGGAGAACGUGUGCCGUUGGGCCUUCCUGCAGCAGAAGCAGGAUACAGGAGAUGCCGAGUACCACGACCAUGCCAUCUUCCUCACACGCCAGGAGUUCGGGCCCACAGGCAUGCAGGGCUAUGCCCCGGUGACAGGCAUGUGCCACCCUGUGCGGAGCUGCACUCUCAACCACGAGGAUGGCUUCUCCUCUGCUUUUGUGGUAGCGCAUGAGACUGGACACGUGCUGGGUAUGGAGCAUGAUGGCCAGGGGAAUCGCUGUGGAGACGAAGUACACAUGGGCAGUAUCAUGGCCCCGCUGGUGCAAGCCGCCUUCCACCGCUUCCACUGGUCCCGUUGCAGCCAGCAAGAACUCGGCCGCUACCUGCAUUCCUACGACUGUCUCCGUGACGACCCUUUCGACCACGACUGGCCCUCGCUACCGCAGUUACCAGGGAUCCACUACUCCAUGAAUGAGCAGUGCCGCUUCGACUUUGGCGCAGGGUACAUGAUGUGCACAGCGUACCGCACCUUCGACCCCUGCAAACAGCUGUGGUGCAGUCACCCAGACAACCCCUUCUUCUGCAAGACCAAGAAGGGCCCCCCUAUUGAUGGAACCAUGUGUGAUCGCGGAAAGCACUGCUUCAAGGGCCACUGCAUCUGGCUGACACCCGACAUCUUGAAGCAGGAUGGGAACUGGGGCAUGUGGAGCAAGUUCGGCUCCUGCUCUCGGACCUGCGGUGGAGGAGUCAGGUUCAGGACCCGUGAGUGCGACAACCCUAUCCCUGCCAAUGGGGGACGCACCUGCUUCGGUCCCAACUAUGAAUUCCAGCUGUGCAAUACAGAAGAGUGCGCCAGCAUCUUCAGUGACUUCCGGGAGGAGCAGUGCCGCAUGUGGAACCCCAAGUUCGAGUACCAGAAUUCCAAGCAUCACUGGCUGCCCUUCGAGCACUCUGACCCCAAGGAGCGAUGCCACUUAUACUGCCAGUCCAAGGAGACGGGGGACGUGGUGAACAUGCAGAGGAUGGUACAUGACGGGACGCGCUGCUCCUACAAGGAGCCCUACAGCAUCUGCGUGCGUGGGGACUGCGUGAAAGUGGGUUGUGACCAUGUGAUUGGGUCCGCCCAGCAGGAGGACAAGUGCGGCGUCUGCGGGGGGGACAACUCCAGCUGCAAAGUUGUCAAGGGGACGUUCAACCGCGGGGCCAGAAAGCAAGGUUUCCUCAAGAUCCUUGAAAUACCCCGGGGGGCCAGACAUCUGCUCAUCCAGGAAUUCAAGGGCACAGCUCACAUCCUAGCGGUGAAGAACCAGGCCACGGGGCACUUCUUUCUCAAUGCCGAGGGGGAGUUCCCAGAAUCCCGGACUGUCAUCGAAAUGGGGGUUGAGUGGGAAUACUUCAAUGACGACGAUAAGGAGACCAUUCAGACCAACGGCCCGCUCAGAUAUGGGGUCCUUGUCAUGGUGCGCACCCACGGAGAGGCGAAGGUGGCCCUCUCCUAUAAGUACAUCAUCCACGAGGACCUGCAGUCGUCCAUCGAGAGCAACAUCCUGCUGGAAGACUCAUCCUACGAGUGGGCGCUGAAGAAGUGGUCGCACUGCUCCAAGCCAUGUGGCGGAGGUAAGCAGUACACGCGCUACGGGUGCAGGAGGAAGUCGGACAGCAAGAUGGUUCACCGCACCUACUGUGAACACAUCCCCAAGCCGCAAGCCAUCAACCGGACGUGCAACCCAAAGGAGUGCUCCCCUCCCAUCUGGGUGACAGGUGACUGGGAGGCCUGCAGUAAGUCCUGUGGGAAGAUGGGCUACCAGAUGCGCUCAGUGCGCUGCGUCCAGCCUCUGCACGACGGCACCAACCGUUCCAUCCACAGCAAGUACUGCAACGAUGACCGGCCUGAGUCCCGCCGGCCCUGCAACCGCCACCUGUGUCCUGCUACCUGGAGGGUGGGGCCCUGGUCCCAGUGUUCAGUCACGUGUGGCAACGGGACCCAGGAAAGGCAGGUUCUGUGCCACACGCGUGAGAACACCAUUGGCCUUUGCCUAGACACCAAACCAGAGAGCAUCAGGGCGUGCCGGCUGGCCCCGUGUCCAAGGAACUCCAGUGACCACCGCAAGAACGGCAACUUCCUGAUCCAGUGGCUGUCCAGGCCCGACCCCAACUUCCCCAUCCAGAAGAUCUCCUCAAGGCAACGUUGUCAAAGGGACAAGUCGGUCUUCUGUCGCAUGGAGGUCCUGAAUCGCUACUGCAGCAUCCCUAGCUUCAAGCAGAUGUGCUGCAAGUCCUGCAGCGAGGACAACCACACCAAAGGCCCCAGCCCACAUGGCUCCACGAGAUAUACCACAGCUCCCAGCCAUGUAGGCGCAAAGUCCACUGUGGUUCUCACUCAAACAGCUGCGCGGUACAGCACCACUCCCAGAUUUUCCACCCAGGAUUACCCAGAACACACCAUGUCCUCCAUGACCGCCACAUUAAUUACAUCAAUAAGUCCUACCCGCACUUUCCACGUCACCACUGCUCCUGUCUCCAUUGCCACUGCUGAUUUUACCGGUGUUGCCACAGAUGACAACUCUCAUGAUGACAGCACUGAUGACGGGUCUCUUUCUAGCAGCAGCGAACCUUUCGAAGACACCAAAGUUCUCAGUAUUGUUGUCACCUCCGAUGGCACAGCUUCCAAUCCCCCUGACUCUAGUGAUCGCAUCACAGUGCUCCUUUCAACCACCUCGUCCAACCUUGGAAACAUGGGCUACAAGACAACAGCUGUGCCAACAACAUCUCAAUCCACCAAGGCCCCGAAACAUCCCUCCAGGACCAGGAUUCCAAACCGAAUGGAGGAGACCAAGGAGAACAACUCCAUCGACGUGUCCUACAGGAUUGGGGGUUUUGACAAUGAGGUCACCCAGAGCAACGUCAUUCCGCGGAGGAGAAGUCUGUUUAACGAACGAACACGCAACAAACGGAUCCAGGAGCUCCUGGCAGAGAAGCGCGACUUCCUCAGGAGGAUGAAACGAGGACCAAGCGUUUGAACGGCGUUGCUACACUUUCUCUUAUAGAGAUGAGUCUUAUCGAUCAUGGAUUGUAAUUAUUUAAUCUCAGAUACACAUUGGUGCUCUCGUCCCAUACUGGAAAGCCAACCAUUGAAAAACAAGGUGCAGAUGUUCCUUACUGGUUCAGCAAACUAAACUGUGUGGAGUAAAACCACCAGCCAAUGUUUACACAGUUGCAUCAACCUUUGAGAUUCUUCUCUAAAGAGGCUUCGCGAAAGCAGUUUGACUUUUUUUAUGUGUGCGAAAUCGGUCACUGUAUUAGCGGCACACCUGUCUCACGCUGCAUGCCGAACAUGAAAUGUUAUCUUUCCAAACCAUGACUCUUUCUUCUCAAAAUGGGGUUUAUGUUGCAUUCAUCCUUUCUUCUUCUCUCAGCUAAGCGGAGACCAUCCUUAGGAAUGACAGCGCUUCACAGUAUAAUCAUGUAUUCUUUUUUCUUUCGUUUGAAAAUAUUUGAAAUUCUGUGAUUUUCCUCUUACGGGGAAUUUUUGUUAAACUUUUAAAAGAAUCAUUUUCUUUUUGCUGAAAGUAGUAUCCAAGGACAUAGUUUAAGAUAAAUACAGUAGAAUAAUUCUAAAAUGAAAGGUUUGGAGAGAUGGGGCUUCAUGUUUGGACCAACCAGAAACGCAGGCCACAUUCGAACCUGAGCGGCUUUUUUGUGGUGGACCUGUGCGGUGCUGUCGUAUCUCGUGUUCUUCGGCCCGUCUGCUGCUUCUUGCAGUUUCACUUGCUGCUUUGACGUGAGAAACAAAUGAAGGGGUCUCUAUGGAACUUUGAAGUAGUGCGUGGAGUGGUUGUUUCGAGUGGCACUUGGAAUAUUUUUAUUUUUCAGAAAAAAUACAUGCUCACAUAUAUAACCAUCUUGUUACACUUUCCUUGAUUGCUAGGCACCUUUCCAGGAUGUCACCCUGACCUUCUGACCUUUGAACCUCAUCUGUGCAGAUGAAGGGGCCUCUUUAAUGUGUUUACUGUGCUGUUCUCCUACAGGUGCCAGUGGCUCUCUCCAAAGCAAUAGAGGCCUUUUCAUUGACUUUUGUGUAUUACAUUUCUAAACAUAAAGAAAAAAACAAAAAAUAAAAGUCUAUUACCUGUUGCAUCACAACAGAAUUGAACAGGGCCAGUUAUUUCUGACGGUGCCUUUUGAGCGGAACAUUUUUCCUCGCCGCGCCUUCUGCAAACGCACCUAGAGGUUUUCUGUACAAUAUCUGUACAUAUGAACUAGAACUUUUAUUUUGAAUAUUUAUUAAAGU